AGGCUUCUCCUCACUCCAGUCAGACAGCCUGCCUCCACCCAGGGGAAGCGACUGCCUCCGCCAGGCCGCUUCCAGGAAGCCCCCGGCCAGGCCCCAGCAUUGUUCAGGCCCUGCGGCCGGCACCCUGGCCAGCAGACCACCAUGAAGUCCAGCAGCCCUGUGGAGAGGCUGCUCAGAGCCCUGGGGAGGAGGGACAGCAGCCGGGCCACCAGCAGGCCUAGGAAAGCUGAGCCACACAGCUUCCGAGAGAAGGUUUUCCGGAAGAAAGCUCCAGUGUGUGCGUGUGUAAAGUGACCAUCGAUGGGACAGGGUCUCUGCAGAGUCUGCAAGGUGGCCACACACAGAAAAUGUGAAUCAAAGGUGACUUCCUCCUGUCAGGCCCUGCCCCCGGCGGAGCUGCGGCGAAACACCGCCCCAGUAAGGCGCAUAGAGCACCUGGUAAGGGUAUCCACCAAGUCUCUGAACCACUCAAGGCAGCGCAGCACUCUGCCCCGGAGCUUCAGCCUGGACCCACUCAUGGAGCGGCGCUGGGACUUGGACCUCACCUACGUGACGGAGCGUAUCUUGGCCGCCGCCUUCCCUGCUCGGCCAGACGAGCAGCGACACCGGGGCCACCUGCGCGAGCUGGCCCACGUGCUGCAAUCCAAGCACCGGGACAAGUACCUGCUCUUCAACCUUUCAGAAAGGCAUGACCUUACCCGCCUGAACCCCAAGGUCCAGGACUUUGGCUGGCCUGAGCUGCAUGCCCCACCUCUGGACAAACUGUGCUCCAUCUGCAAAGCCAUGGAGACGUGGCUCAGUGCUGACCCACAGCACGUGGUGGUACUAUACUGCAAGGGGAGCAAAGGCAAGCUUGGAGUCAUCGUGUCUGCCUACAUGCACUAUAGCAAGAUCUCUGCAGGGGCAGACCAGGCACUGGCUACUCUUACCAUGCGAAAAUUCUGCGAAGACAAGGUGGCCACAGAACUGCAGCCCUCCCAGCGCCGAUAUAUCAGCUAUUUCAGUGGGCUGCUGUCUGGCUCCAUCAGAAACAGCAGCCCCCUCUUCCUGCACUAUGUGCUUGUGCCCAUGCUGCCACCCUUUGAACCCAGCACAGGCUUCCAGCCCUUCCUCAAAAUAUACCAGUCCAUGCAGCUUGUCUACACAUCUGGAGUCUAUCACAUUGCAGGCCCUGGUCCCCAGCAGCUUUGCAUCAGCCUGGAGCCAGCCCUCCUUCUCAAAGGCGAUGUCAUGGUAACCUGCUAUCACAAAGGCAACCAUGGGACAGACCGGACCCUUGUGUUCCGAGUCCAGUUCCACACGUGCACCAUCCAUGGACCACGACUUACCUUCCAGGACCAACUGGACGAGGCCUGGGCAGAUGAGAGGUUCCCAUUCCAAGCCUCAGUGGAGUUCGUCUUCUCUUCGAGCCCCGAGAAGAUCAAAGGCAACAUCCCGCGGAAUGACCCGGUCUCUGUGGACUACAACACCACAGAGCCUGCCGUGCGCUGGGACUCAUAUGAGAACUUCAACCAGCACCACGAGGACAGUGUGGACGGCUCGUUGGCCCACACGCGGGGUCCUCUGGAUGGCAGUCCUUAUGCUCAGGUGCAGCGUGCCCCGCGCCAGACCCCACCGGCACCCUCUCCAGAGCCACCCGCACCCCCUAUGCUCUCUGUCAGCAGCGACUCUGGCCAUUCCUCCACGCUGACCACGGAGCCGACUGCCGAGUCCCCUGGCCGACCGCCCCCGUCGGCUGCAGAACGGCAGGAGCUUGAUCGCCUCCUGGGAGGCUGUGGAGUGACCAGUUGGGGGCCGCGGGGCAGGCGUGAGACGGCCAUUCUAGAUGAUGAGGAGCAGCCCCCAUGGGCGGAGGCCCCCAUCCUGGGAAUGUAUUCAGGUCACAGACCUGGCCUCAGCCGCCACUGCUCCUGCCGCCAGGGCUACCGGGAACCCUGUGGGAUCCCCAAUGGGGGCUACUACCGGCCAGAGGGAACCCUGGAGAGGCAGCGGGUGCCCUACGGGGGCUAUGAGGGACCCCCCCAGGGCUAUGCUGAGGCCUCUGUGGAAAAGAGGCGCCUCUGCCGAUCACUGUCUGAGGGGCCAUACCCCUACCCACCAGAGCUGGGGAAACCAGCCAAUGGGGACUUCGGCUACCGCUCUCCAGGAUACCGGGAGGUGGUGAUCUUGGAGGACCCAGGGGUUUCUGCCUUAUGCUCAUGCCCAGCAUGUGAGGAGAAGCUGGCGCUGCCCACGGCAGCCCUGUAUGGACUGCGACUGGAGAGGGAGGCUGGAGAGGGGUGGGCCAGCGAGGUUGGCAAACCUCUCCUGCACCCAGUACGGCCUGGGCACCCGUUGCCUCUGUUGGUGCCUUCCUGUGGGCAUCACCACGCCCCGAUGCCUGACUACAGCUGCCUGAAGCCACACAAGGCAAGCGAAGAAGGGCAUGAGGGCUGCCCCUAUGCCAUGUGCCCAGAAGGCAGGUAUGGGCAUCCAGGGUACCCUGCCCUGGUGACCUAUGGCUAUGGAGGAGCAGUUCCCAGCUACUGCCCAGCAUAUGGCCGGGUGCCUCACAGCUGUGGACCUCCAAGUGAGGGUAGAGGGUAUCCCAGCCCUAGUGCCCACUCACCACGAACUGGCUCCAUUUCCCCGGGCAGCCCACCCUACCCACAACCCAGGAAGCUGAGCUAUGAGAUCCCCGCAGAAGAGGAAGGGGAUAAGUACCCACUGCCUGGGCACCUGGCCUCAGCAGGACCCUUGGCAUCUGCAGUGGAGUCCCCUGAGUCAUUGUCCUGGAGGGAGGGCCCCAGUGGACACAGCACACUGCCUCGGUCUCCCCGAGAUGCCCAGUGUAGUGCCUCCUCAGAGCUGUCUGGUCCCUCUACACCCCUGCACACCAGCAGCCCAGUCCAGGGCAAGGAAAGCACCCGAAGACAGGACACCAGGUCCCCCACCUUGGCACCCACUCAGAGAUUAAGUCCUGGCGAGGCCUUGCCCCCUGUUUCCCAAGGAAGCACUGAAAAGGCUCCUGAGCUGCCAGCUAGAAGUGGGCCUGAGCCCCGGAGUCCUAGCCCCUUCUCCCCAACUUCCCCUCCCCGCUCACCCAAUGACUGGCCUCAGGAAAGAAGCCCAGGGGGCCAUUCAGACAGUGCCAGUCCUCGGGGCCCUGUGCCCACUACACUGCCGGGUCUCCGCCAUGCCCCCUGGCAGGGCCCUCGAGGCCCCCCAGACAGCCCAGAUGGGUCUCCCCUCACCCCUGUACCUACUCAGAUGCCCUGGCUUGUGGCCAGCCCAGAGCCACCUCAGAGCUCACCCACACCUGCCUUCCCCCUCGCUGCAUCCUAUGACACCAAUGGCCCCACUCAGCCUCCACUUCCUGAGAAACGCCACCUACUAGGGUCUGGGCAACAACCAGGACCCUGGAGUCUAGAGCAGGCAUCACCACCAACCAGAGGCACCAGUCACCAUGUCACCUUCGCACCUCUGCUCCCGGAUAAUACAACCCAACCCCCAGAACCCCCUACACAAGAGAACCAAAGCAAUGUCAAGUUUGUCCAGGAUACAUCUAAGUUCUGGUACAAGCCACACCUGUCCCGUGACCAAGCCAUUGCCCUGCUGAAAGACAAGGACCCUGGGGCCUUCCUGAUCAGGGACAGUCAUUCAUUCCAAGGAGCCUAUGGGCUGGCCCUCAAGGUGGCUACACCUCCACCCAGUGCCCAGGCCUGGAAAGGAGACCCCUUGGAACAGCUAGUGCGCCAUUUCCUCAUUGAGACUGGGCCCAAAGGGGUGAAAAUCAAGGGCUGUCCCAGCGAACCCUACUUCGGCAGCCUGUCCGCCCUGGUCUCCCAACACUCCAUCUCCCCCAUCUCCCUGCCCUGCUGCCUGCACAUUCCCAGCAAAGAUCCUCUGGAAGAGACUCCUGAGGUUCCAGUGCCCACCAACAUGAGCACAGCAGCAGACCUCCUGCGUCAGGGAGCUGCAUGCAGUGUGCUGUACCUGACCUCAGUGGAGACAGAGUCACUGACUGGCCCCCAAGCCGUGGCCAGGGCCAGCUCUGCAGCUUUGAGCUGCAGCCCCCGCCCAACACCAGCUGUUGUCCACUUCAAGGUCUCAGCUCAGGGCAUUACACUGACAGACAACCAAAGGAAGCUUUUCUUUCGUCGCCAUUACCCAGUGAGCAGCAUCACUUUCUCCAGCACUGACCCUCAGGACCGCAGAUGGACCAAUCUAGACGGGACCACCUCCAAGAUCUUUGGUUUCGUGGCCAAGAAGCCAGGCAGCCCCUGGGAGAAUGUGUGUCACCUCUUUGCGGAGCUUGACCCGGAUCAGCCUGCAGGCGCCAUUGUCACCUUUAUCACCAAAGUUCUACUAGGCCAGAGGAAGUGAAAGAAAGGCACAAGCUCAGAGCCCACAUCAACACUGCGCCCCUUCCAGCACCCCACAGCCCUCACUUUCCCUAGCCCCAAACCAGGAGCCAGCACCCUCCCUGAGGAAUGGGGAAUGGGCAAUGGCCUGGGCCACUGCUCUUCCCCGCAACCCCAGCUAGCUAAGCUAAGUGGACGGGCCCAUGAGAUGAUCUUGCAAGUGAGAGAAGGCCGAGAUGGGGGUGUGAGGGGUGAGGAGGCAUCGGCAGUCAAGCCCUGAAGGAUAUCAGCACGGCCCCACCUGCAGGAAAACAUCAGCCCUGGAGGGGAACCAGGCCUUGCCAGCUCCACCCAGCUACAGGUCCCAGCAUGGCAGGGCGAGGGGAAGUCUGGGGAGCAAGUCACUCCCUCCCCUCUGAGCAGAUAUCAGAGUGGGAUCACAAGAACAGGGGGAAAAAGAGAGUCUAUUUUUGUCUAUAAUAAAGAAUUUCUAUAAACUUU